AUGAAGCCCUGUUGUCGGAUUUUGUUCCCCUGCAAGAACGCGCCUCUUUUAGGUGCCCCUCUGUCCAAAUCCUUCAAAUUUUCAUCUGGGCCGCACUAUUUAUCUAAUGUCCAAUCAAAUCCUCCUAGAAUCUUUGGAUGCAAACUCCUUUGCAACCGAUCCCAGAAGCCGAAUUCUGCAUUCGCCUUGAAUCGGGUUCGGUCAGGAUUUUCAUCAAACACCUGGUGCUGUAACUGUAGCAAAACAGCCCAUAGUUUGGUGUCUAAAAAUCUGUCGACUUCGUUAGAUAGCAAAGCAGAUAACAAGAAUUUUGAGAGAGUUUAUGUUCGGGACGGCCUUAAUGUUAAGCCUCUGGUGGCGGAAAAAAUUGAUAAUGAUGAUGGUGUAGAGAAGAAAGAGGAGCAUGGUAGGCCCAGUGCUGGAGAUUUUCGAAAUGGGAGAUUAAAUCAGGAGGAAUCGGAGUUAGAGAAGGAGGCCUGGAGGCUGCUGAGGAGUGCGACUGUGUCGUAUAGCGGGAGUCCGGUCGGGACCCUGGCGGCAAACGACCCAAAUGAUAAGAUGCCUCUUAACUAUGAUCAGGUGUUCAUUAGAGAUUUUGUCCCUUCAGCUUUUGCGUUCCUUCUCAAGGGCGAGUGGGAGAUUGUGAAGAGUUUCUUGUUGCACACUUUGCAGCUGCAGAGCUGGGAGAAAACCGUGGACUGCUACAGCCCUGGACAGGGAUUGAUGCCAGCAAGUUUUAAAGUUAGAACAGCGGCUCUUGAUGACAAUAAGUUUGAAGAAGUUCUUGACCCAGAUUUUGGGGAGUCCGCUAUUGGUCGUGUAGCACCUGUCGAUUCAGGGCUUUGGUGGAUUAUCUUGUUACGGGCUUACGGAAAGCUUACCGGCGAUUAUGCAUUACAGGACAGAGUGGAUGUACAAACGGGAAUAAAACUUAUUGUGAACCUCUGUUUGUCUGAUGGUUUUGAUAUGUUUCCUUCUUUACUCGUCACUGAUGGCUCGUGCAUGAUAGAUAGGCGGAUGGGUAUCCAUGGCCAUCCCUUAGAGAUUCAAUCCUUAUUUUACUCCGCUCUCCGUUGCUCGCGCGAGAUGCUUGCAUCGGAUGACGGAUCCAAGAAUUUGGUGAGGACCAUUAACAAUAGACUCAGUGCUUUGUCCUUCCACAUAAGAGAAUACUAUUGGGUCGACCUCAAGAAAAUCAAUGAGAUUUACCGUUACAAGACUGAGGAGUACUCGACAGAAGCCACUAAUAAGUUCAAUAUAUACCCGGAGCAAAUUCCUCACUGGCUGAUGCACUGGAUUCCCGAGAAAGGAGGUUACCUUAUUGGAAACCUGCAGCCAGCUCACAUGGAUUUCAGGUUCUUCACGCUCGGGAACCUGUGGUCAAUAGUAUCUUCUCUGGGUACUCCAAAACAGAAUGAGGCCAUAUUGAAUCUGAUAGAGGCCAAAUGGGAUGAUCUGAUUGGCCAGAUGCCUCUUAAAAUAUGUUAUCCGGCUUUGGAGUCUGAAGAGUGGCGGAUAAUCACAGGGAGUGAUCCCAAGAAUACACCCUGGUCGUACCAUAAUGGUGGAUCCUGGCCUACACUUUUGUGGCAGUUCACAUUGGCAUGCAUGAAAAUGGGCCGUAUGGAUCUGGCCAAGAAAGCAAUCGCUGAUGCGGAGAAAAGACUUUCCAUUGACCGGUGGCCCGAAUAUUAUGACACGAUGAAUGGUAAGUUCAUAGGGAAACAGGCCCGACUUUACCAGACAUGGUCGAUUGCUGGUUAUUUAACGUCGAAGCUGCUGUUGGAGAACCCGAACAUGGCUUCCCUUUUAUUCUGGGACGAAGACUAUGAUCUUCUCGAGAUCUGUGUUUGUGCUCUGAAUAACUCCACACGUAAGAAGUGCUCUCGCUCGCUCGCCAAGUCUCAGAUUCUAGUGUGA